GUGGUGUAUGUGUGGGCGCAUCAGUUUUAUCUGCUGGUCCUAUUAUUUAUUAUUGAGUAUGGUCAUUUAAAUUAUAUGAACAGUUAUCUUUUGUUUUGGCCUUUAGCAUGUUUGUAUUAAUGUUUUCUUUGGUCCCUAAUCUAGCCAAUUUUUCAGUAAUACUUGUUCUAUCUACUUGCACUGCCAGAUCUUGGUUGUAUAUUCAAUAGAAGACUAUAAAUAAUUUUCAAUAUAUUUAGCAUAUUUGAGCUGGUUUGUUUGUCUGUAAGUGUAUAUAUGGUCUUGUACACAUUAGUAUCUUGUGGUCUGCAUGUCUCGAUUAUGUGUCGUCUAAUCAUAUUCAAGUAUUUUGAGUCCAUCUAACAUUCAGGUGUCAGAUUAGUAUUAUAUUAUUGUGAAAUGUCUACAUGUUUUGCGUAUGCAUCUGAAGCGCGUAACAAUAAUGGUGUGAGAUUAUUAAUCGGCUAUGUGUUUGUGGUCGUUGAUUGCUCAGCAUCGUUAUCUAUAGUUCUUUUCAUUUACUACUGCAGCCUGCAGGUGAGGUGAUGAUGUGCCAUUGAACAAAAGGCUAUGUCCCAAUGCAAUAAUCGUAAACUUUUAUUUUCUUGAAUAAAACACAAGGGGAUUUUCUUUACUGUAAAACGGAGGAUGUAUAAUUCACAACUCAGUGGUGAAUGAUGGUGCAAAGCAGAGGAGGCGACGGAGCUAUAAGCGGUAAAAGUGGGCGCUCACUAAACUACACUCGCUCGUAGCCGUUCACUUGUCAGCACGGCAGCGCAGCACACCCCAUCUUCUCCUCUUCUUCGUCACGCCAUUUCGCAUGCUCCAUUCCGUUCCCUGUUCCUCGUACGUAGUGUAGCACCAAGGAGCCAAAGCCAGCGGGGCAGCUGAGCGAGCAUGGUGAAGAUCUGCUGCAUCGGCGCGGGGUACGUGGGCGGGCCGACGAUGGCGGUGAUCGCGCUCAAGUGCCCGGCCAUCGAGGUGGUGGUGGUGGACAUCUCGGAGCCGCGCAUCGCCGGGUGGAACAGCGAGCGCCUCCCCAUCUACGAGCCCGGCCUGGACGAUGUCGUGAGGCAGUGCCGCGGCCGCAACCUCUUCUUCAGCACCGAGGUGCACCGCCACGUGGGCGACGCCGACAUCGUCUUCGUCUCCGUCAACACCCCGACCAAGACCUGCGGCCUGGGCGCCGGCAAGGCCGCCGACCUCACCUACUGGGAGAGCGCGGCGCGCAUGAUCGCCGACGUCUCCCGCUCCGACAAGAUCGUGGUGGAGAAGUCCACGGUGCCCGUCAAGACCGCGGAGGCCAUCGAGAAGAUCCUGGUGCACAACAGCCGCGGCGUGCGCUACCAGAUCCUGUCCAACCCUGAGUUCCUGGCGGAGGGCACCGCCGUGCAGGACCUGUUCGCGCCCGACCGCGUGCUCAUCGGCGGCCGCGAGACCCCCGAGGGCCGCGCCGCCGUCGCCAGGCUCAGGGACGUGUACGCGCAGUGGGUGCCCGGGGACCGCAUCAUCACCACCAACCUCUGGUCCGCCGAGCUGUCCAAGCUCGCCGCCAACGCCUUCCUGGCGCAGCGCAUCUCCUCCGUCAACGCCAUCUCCGCGCUCUGCGAGGCCACGGGCGCCGACGUCACCGAGGUGGCGCACUCCGUCGGCAGGGACGCGCGCAUCGGCCCGCGCUUCCUCUCCGCCAGCGUCGGCUUCGGCGGCUCCUGCUUCCAGAAGGACAUCCUCAACCUCGUCUACAUUUGCGAGUGCUACGGCCUCCCCGAGGUGGCCGCCUACUGGCGGGAGGUCAUCCGGAUCAACGACCACCAGAAGAGCCGCUUCGUCAACCGCGUCGUCUCCUCCAUGUUCAACACCGUCGCCGGCAAGAAGAUCGCCGUGCUCGGCUUUGCCUUCAAGAAGGACACGGGGGACACCCGCGAGACGCCCGCCAUCGACGUCUGCAACGGCCUGCUCGGGGACAAGGCUGUCAUCAGCAUCUACGACCCGCAGGUGACGGGGGAGCAGGUGUCGCGGGACCUCGCCAUGAACAAGUUCGACUGGGACCACCCGCGCCACCUGCAGCCGCUCAGCGCCACCGACCUGGCCAAGCAGGUCGCCGUCGCGCCCGACGCCUACGAGGCCGCGCGCGACGCGCACGCCGUCUGCAUCCUCACCGAGUGGGACGAAUUCAGGACGCUCGACUACAAGCGCAUGUUCGACGCCAUGCACAAGCCAGCCUUCAUCUUCGACGGCCGCAACGUCGUCGACCCCGCCAAGCUCCGGGAGAUCGGCUUCGUCGUCUACGCUAUCGGCAAGCCGCUCGACGAUUGGCUCAAGGACAUGCCAGCCGUCGCGUGAUCCAUCGAUCCAUCUGUAGGGCGCAUUCCUUGACAUGCGGCCCCAUGCAUCCAUCUUUCUUCAUCCUCCCUCUCAUCCGAUUCGGCUAUUCAUCAGUAUAUUAAUUAGGUUUCCCUGUUAAUUUCAUUGUGGUCUUUAAUUCACAGUUUUUUUACAAGUUAGCUCGAUCGAUAUGCCGACAUGUUUUAUACUUAGGUAGUAUAUAGAAUCUUUUUGCAUACAUGCACGGAGUACUAAUGAUAUAUAAAUUUUGAAUUGUUUGUAGCUUUAUUUAUAUACAUUGGCAAAGCAUUGAUGCUGUUUCUUGUCA